ACUACACUCGACUUAUGCAUGCAGAUAGCGUUAAGUGCAGAAAAAUCUGUUGCCCACUCAACAAACUCUCUCGUAUGGACUGGAAAAAAAGAAAGCAGACAUAAAUCAGAACUUUGCCUCUGAGAAUCAGAAAAACAGGGAGGGAUGUGAAAAUGAGAAUCUAGAAAAAUGAGUGAAGGAGGCGAGAACAGGAAGAGAGAAAAAAAACGUGUAGGAAAUGAGAACAGAGGCAGAAGUGCAAGUGCAACCAGUCGGCAGAGACGGCAGUGGAGGUGUUUGAGCACGGAUGACGGCAGGUUUGACAGCAGAUGUGACGGAGAGGAGAAAAGAAACCGUUUGAAAGCAAGUGAGACUCUGGACUGCACAGCUGCAACAUGGGUGAGUCCAGCAUUUGUCAAGUGAAAGCAACGGUCAUGAUGUACGAUGACGCCAGCAAGCGCUGGGUGCCGGUCGGAUCCGAUGUUCCCCACUUCAGCCGGGUCCAGAUUUAUACCAACCCAACAACAAAAACCUUCAGAGUGGUGGGCCGAAAACUGCAGGCCGACCAACAGGUGGUGAUCAACUGUCCCAUCAUGAAGGGGAUGAAGUAUAACCAAGCCACGCCGACCUUUCAUCAGUGGCGAGAUCACAAGCAAGUGUGGGGGUUAAACUUUGGCUCCAAAGAGGAGGCUUCUCAAUUCGCCAGCUCCAUGAUGCACGCUUUGGAGACUCUCAAUGCAUCUGCGAGUGCAGGUCCACCACAAAACGGGCCGUCUGCGCAACAGCUGGAGCAGCAGAGAAGGCUGGAGCGACAGAAGCAGGAGCAGCAAGAGAAGGAGCGACUGGAAAGAGCCUCGCAGGGGCCGCCCGCCGCUCCUGCAGCCCCGCCUCCACCAGCUGCUCCUCCUGCUCCACCAGCACCUCCACCACCUCCGGGCCCACCUCCUCCAUCCUCUGGGCCCUGUCCACCUGCACCUCCUCCACCACCUUCAGGUGGCAUCCCACCACCGCCACCACCUCCUCCUGCAGGAGGAGGAGGAGGAGGUGGAGGAGGAGGGGGAGGUGGAGGAGGAGGGGGAGCCAAUGAUCUCGCUGCAGCACUGGCAGGAGCCAAACUGCGGAAAACACCAAAAGAUGAUGGGGGAGCAGCGUCGGCC